AUGAAUCUAGAGCCGCCAUUUAAUAUGCUCAUAGUAGGAAUGACUGGAAGUGGUAAGACUCAGUUCUUACUUAAUAUGUUAGAAAUAGAAUACAAUAAAGUUUUUGAUUAUAUUGUUAUUAUAUGUCCAACGAUAGAAUGGAAUAUGACUUACAUUAACUGGGCUCAUAUUAGUGACCAUGGAGUCAUACAAAUUCCAUGUUCCCAGGAAAUGAUCAACCUUAUUCUCAAGGCAGUGUCCACCGUAUUCCGCGGAACUCGGACUCUCAUUAUAGUGGAUGAUUGUGCUGCAAGUCAAGAUGUAAAGAAAAGAGUCUCAGAACUGGUGCGUCUAGCAUUCUCCGCAAGACAUUACAACCUAUCUGUCAUUGUAAUUACCCAGCAACUGUCAUCAGUAGCAAAACCCUUCAGGGAGAACAUUUCUAGGUUAGUUACAUUUUCCAACCCUAGUCGCAGAGAUAUGAAGGUCAUAACAGAUGAUUACCUAAGUGGUGUCCCACAGGAGACAAUUACAGAAAUUACGGAACUACUAAAAGAUGAGAAGUUCACCGCAUUAGAUAUACUACUCAUUCACCCUUACACAUACACUAUUAAGUUAAACACCGCGUAAUGUAUAGAAGAUGGGAUCAGAAUCUGAUGAAGAAAUAUCUAAAGCUGUGAAGGAAGUUGAGGAGGCCGCAAAGCCGCCGCAAAAGAAGGCUAAGUCUCCCGCAAUAAAAACUAAGCCCACCACAGAUAAGUCGCAAACUGAACACAAAAGGAAUAAGCUUAUUGAGCUAUCAAGGGACGGUGUAAUUGAUAAGACCGCAGGUUUCAUAAGAAAGUCCAACAAAGAUGUUGUGGAUAGACUUUAUAGUAAGUAUGAAAGUCAGAGGAUGUCAUGCGCAAGUGACUUCUUAUCAACACUUAUAAUUUCAAAGUUUGCUUCCAUACUAGGAAGUUUCGGUGCUGUGGAAUCUUCUGAGAAGCUGUCAGAGGAACUGCUUAGUGAUAAGCUUUUAAAGGAUGACGUAUGUUAUUUAACUAGAACGAUAUCCCCAAAUAUUCCAUUCAUUGGUCUCAUAUCAGGUGGGUGUACAACAGCAAAGCAUGUGGUAGCUCAUAAGUGGAAGAAGAAGGAAAAGACUGAGGAAAUAUCUGAGGAGGCAAAACAAAUCUUAUUACAUAGUGAAGAAGAAUGUCAGACCAUGAGUGGGGGAACGCUUGGGAAGGAACUGAGUUCGAAUAUAUAA